CAAACUACCAGUUUUCAGCGGUCUGUACGCGUAAGUGUUCGUGUCGCUCGUUAAUUACAGUUGAAUCCGACUUUUAUUUCGUACGUCUACUAAAAAAAACUCUUGUACAAAAAAAAACUGGAUACGCUUCGUCGCAACGGAUCAGUGCCGUGCAGAUGGUGUAGUGUUGAAUUGAUUCUGUGAGAGUGCUUGUGACUGCUUACGCGACGUUGUCCAAAACGACUGCGUCGUGGAUCCUUGACGCUCUGUGGAUACUUCUCGUGAGAACUACGAACCGUCUACGUGGAAUUGAACCGGACUGGUGUCACGCGGUGUUCCUUGAAGCUCUACAGUCUACACGCAAAAGAAUACAAUUCGCUAAACGUCGUCAUCAGUGAUCACGAAUGGUACCUACUUGGAGCUGGGUGUGAACCCAGAUACGGUGUGUGUAGUUUUAUGUAACCAUAUUUAUACUGUUAUCGAAUGAACGUUGUGUUAAUUUUAUGCAACUCUACCAGUGCUGUGCAUUAUUGGAUUUGAGCACUGAGUGAUUGAUUGAUUGAUUCUGUGCACAAGUGAACCUAGUGAAGUGUCCACGUCUGUAACUUUCCUAUUCUCGUGCACUGCGAUCAAGUGAUUUUGUGUCAUUAGUUAAUGGAUUGGUAACAUUUUUGGAUUCCAGACGACAAUAUGGCAAUCAUCACGCUAAACUCGCGGGAGGAGACAUGAACGCGCCCAGGGGCUGUCACUCCCACCAAGCAGGGUAGAGACAUCCAAAGGUGCUGGUUGUCGGACCGGGACUGCAUAGUAUGGAUGUCAGUUUCAACAAUGUACUGGAAGGGACACGCCAGUACUUUAUGGGAAUACCAAAGCAGGCAGGAGGAACCGGUCAACAGAUGUGGCCUGCCAGCGCUUCCACCGAGGAGGGUGCUCCCGCUCUGUCCGGAGCCCCGACACCGUCGUCCAGACCGCCGUCCGUGGCAGCGGCACCGCCCGCGGCCCCUGCGCCCUCCGCAGUCGCCAUGCCGCCGCGCCCGCCGUCCGAGCCGCUCGAGCCCGAGCCGCACUUCAUCCACAAAGCCACAGUGAUGCGCGAGGCAGCAGAAAAACGCCGUGAACAGCCGGAAAUCGAGGACGAAGAGGAGCCCGGAGGAGCCUUGUCACCGCCAUCUCACAUAAUACGGAAGCCGGCUCCCCACACGCUGCCGUCGCCCGCGCCGGCCCCGGCCGUGCCGAGCCCGUCGCCCGCCCGGCCCCCGUCUGAAGCCCCGCCCACUGCGAUCGUCGCGACCGAACCAACCGACACCACGCUUCAGUACCGUGCCCCCGCUCAUCGGGUACAAACUCCGACGGCCAGGCCGCCCGAUCAUUUCACAUCAGGCCGCCCGUUAGAUCACUAUUCGGCGUCCCGUCCGCCGGAAUCUUAUCCGCGGUAUCCCUACGAGACAAACGGGCCCGACACGGGAAGAAGUUCCCACGGACCGCCGGUUGUAUCGCCUCAACCUUCGAUUCAACCCCGUCAGAGUCCACACACGUAUUCCAGAAUCUCUAGCUCGAUUCCGCAGCAUCCUAUUAGCCGUUUAACUGAAACGACGUCUUAUAGCGCAUCUACGCAGCGAUAUUCUCUUCCGCCCACUCAGGCGUUACCUCCACACAAUGACCGCGUCCCACCUAUUCAUCAUCCGCAACACGUGCCACCGGCUAAAAGAAUUAAUUGUAUAGAUAGUCGUGCGUCGCCCGUAUACUCGUCGGUCCCAUCACGUCGCGAAUCUCCUGCGCAUUCGAGAGCAUCAUCUCAGUAUGAAAGACAUCCAACGCUUCCGCAAAGAAAGUACGACCCACAACAAGUUUAUUCCGGCUACCGGCCGACGCCGUCGGCACCCUUGCCUAUUCCAAAUCAAAGAAUAGAUUCACAUCAACAACUUCAAUUUAAGCACAGUACUAUAGAGGCUAUGAACGCAUCGUAUGCAAUGAGAGGCUCAGAGCGAGUGCCACCACCGCAACCGCUUUUACAACCUCAAGAAAUUGCGCGGCUUGCUCCUCGCUUAGAAAACGUUGUCAAAACGAGAGCAGCAGACACUAAAAGUAGCUACCCUUAUGCUACUCCUUCUACAUCCGCUGUACGAUAUCCUUCGAGUUCACCGGCUCAAGCUAUUCAGAAUAACUCGCAUCCAUAUCCACAAACGAUUCAGUCUAGAUCAUCAUACCGCACGGUUGUUGCGCCUAAGACAAAUUAUGAUUAUGCAACGCCUAAUCAUGUACAAAUUUCACCGUCACGCUCAACGGCUAAACCAGGAUAUCCAAGUCAGCAAGCGCGUAUGACCGUCUCUGUUACAACGUUAGUAGACCAAAUGAAACAAAAGCGUGAAUCACCGCUUGAUUUAUCCGUCAAAACUGUAAAAAAUUCUGCAGAUUCAUCUACAACUCAAGAUGACGCUAUCGAUUCUGCUUCAAUGAAAAAUGAGAAUCAUCCCAUUCAAUCCAGACCUACUACAAGCAGCCGAAAUUCUGCGAUCACAGGUUUUGUUGGCUCACAUAAAGUAGACUUCUCGCCUGAUUUUGCUCAAUAUAGAGACAGAAAUACGAACGCGUAUAAUGCAACAAAUCACAAUAUUAGUUUUAAUGGGGCUUAUAAUAAUUCUUCGAGGCCAGGGGCUGACAAUUAUCACGUUGAAUCUCGACAUCAAGUAUAUACCGAACGUAGUAAAUAUAAUCCCGAAAGUAGAACUGAUUAUGUUCCCAGAAUAGAUCUCACCCGUACUAGUGGCGAAGAUCGUUAUUCGGUGAAUAGAAUACGCGAUGAUCGACACUUAAUUAUAGAAGAAAGAAAACGUCCUGCAGGUCCUAUAGUUAGUAACAUUCCUGAGAAAAUUCUUCGUCACGAAACGUGGACAGCUGACAGCCGGAUAGAACAACUGAGUCAAUCAGCACGAGAACAACGCGAACUAAUGAUUCAGCCAGUAUACAGUUAUGCAAGCCACAAAAGGCUAGAGGCAAAUCAACAUGAUCAAAAACGUUCUUUGAAUUCUCUUCCUUAUCGUGAACAUCAUCAUCAUUCUCAUCAUCGAUAUACUAGUAAUUCGUAUCCAGAAAGCAGAAACAGAGAAGUGAAUGACUACCAUCCCCAUUAUCAUGAAAAGUUACCAUCAACCAAUAAUCGUCAUAUUAUUCAAAAAAUUCCGAGCCAAAGAGACUUACUUUCACAUCACGCAUUACCUAUCAAUAGUGUGCAACAUGCGGAUAAGAAAGUUUUAAGUAUAUUACGAAACAGUUUAGAAACAAAACAAACAGGAUAUACAGAAACUGCUAAAUCAAAUAGUGAAGUUCCUGAUCUCAUUGUUAUAGAUGACGUAGAUGAUUCUGUGAUAGAAAUAACUGAUGAUGAUGUAACGAAAGAUAACGAACUGAAAAAUAGUAAUAAAUUUAGUAUUUCGAAAACAUUAGUGCCAGGGUUAGAACAUCACAUCAAAAUGCCUAAAGCAGUGGAUUCAAUACCAAGAGAAUCAGAUUAUCCGAAAUUUGAUAGUCCAGAUUUCAAGAGAAUAUCUCCAGAAAAUGAUGUUGCUUCUAGAAUAAGAACGAAGGCGGAAUUAAAAGUGAUGCCACCAUCACAAGAUAGUUCGUCAAAAUUAGAGAUGAAGCUAGACACUAUAACUGUUGAAAAUAAUACAAAGCUUCUUCCUAAAUCUCAGAAACAACAUCUUUUUAAUCAGAUUCGAGAGGAUAACCUCAGAUUAGAAUCUGUAAUAAAAAAUGAAAGACACAUUACUACCAACAUUCCAGAAAUAAAAAUAGAACCUAUGAAUAUAGAUGAAAUAGAAAGGGACGCCAUAUUGCAAAUAAAAACGGAAAAAAUUGAAGAAAACACGGAUGCAGAAGAAAAUAGUAAUACCGAAAGUUUUGAUAUGGAUUGGGCUAGUGCUUGUGAUAGUUUUAUGGAACAGCUGAAAAUGGGAUGUCAUAAAAAAAGAAACAGUAAGAAACGUAAUAAUGGUUUCGAUGCAGAAAAUGAGUUAUCAGAACAAUCUUUAGAGGUUAAUGAAGUAAAAGAGGAGAAGAAUUCUAUGGAUAACACUGGAAUAGCGGAAACCAAUGACGUGACAGAAAACUGUGGAGUAGCAGAAGAAACUGUUGUGGCUGAAAAGAGUGCCGUAGUACAAAAAAAUCCACCCACAGAUAUUAAUGAAGUUAAAGACCAACAAUCUACACAAAAUGACAGUAUAAAAGAAGACAACCAAUCCAAAAACAAUAUUCUAGAAAUCAAACCUCCCUUGGAAAAUGGUAGCUUUAAAAAUCAUGAACAACUAUUAGAAAAUAAUGACAUGGCAGAAGAAAAAGAAUCCUUUGAAAGUAAGGGUUUGAAACAAGACAUAGAGUUAUCUAAAAAUAGUGAUGUAAAGGAAGAUGUAGUUGAGUUUGUUUCUGAAAAUUGUGAUGCAGACUUACCAGCUAUUGUUGAAAUAAAAAAGGAACCAAUAGAUGACGAGGAACUAAAGUUAGAAAGGGAAGUAACUUUACCUAAAGUAGAUUCCUUAGUUAAAGGGCGGCAAAAGAAUAAACCCGAAAAACUUAGAAAUGAAAAGCAGAAAGACAAAGAAAAUAAUAAAUCCUACAAAAAUAAGAGUAAUAUGAAGACAAAAAAUAAAAUGACAAACAGUGAUUGCUUGCCGAUUAAUACAGUUCCAAUAAAAAAGGAAAUAGAAGAAUCCGAAAUAAUUAAAACUGUUAUAAAAGAAGAGCUGGAAUCAACUGACGACGAUGAACCUCUUAUAAAAAGCAAGCUGUUGAAAGACAAAAAACAGAGUGAUCAAUUAAUGAAAUAUCAAUUACUAAAAGAUUUUACAGAAAAAUCAGCGUACGUUAAGUUAGAAUGUUGUCAUGAACGUAUGAAUAGCAUAAGAAAUUCCUUAGAAUCAAGUACUAGGGAAGAAAAACCGAAUAAAGGAAAACCAACACGGCAGAGGUCAAAAUCAAAAAGAAAGUCAUUGUCUACUGAAAAUAUUAAAAAAGAAGAUCCCGAUGAUCAAUCUAGCUCUGAUAGUGAUGAUGUUUUAAGUGUAGCAAGUAGAUUACGAGUGCGGAAGAAUGUAAAAACUGAAGAAAACAAAACGCCUGUUAUGCAAAAGACACCCGUGAAACUAUCGCCGACGAAAAAAAAAGACAUCAGUACUAAUAGCAAUUGUUCGACACCAUUACGAAAACCUGGUUUUGGUGAUGGUUCAGAUUUCCAUCCCGGGUGGGAAGAAGAAUUAUACAGAUAUAAGAGAUCUUUACGCAUGCCUACAAGACUCAUUGCAAUUCCAAGAGGCCGCUCUGGUGGCCCCUUUGUUAAGGGUUGUGCGACACAAUUUUCACGUGGUUCAACAUCGCUGCCGGAUUUAGAUCCCGUUCCUCUUUCACCCGCUCCUUCAUCUGCUCCGUCCGCUGCAACUGAUGAUAUUUAUAGAAGACCAGACAAACUAAAUCUUGAUAGUGAUCUUGACUCAAACUCAAGCUGUUCUGCUAUGAACAAACUUCAUUACGAUUCAGAAGCCUCAACUUCAACUGUGUUUUCUACAACUAAGGCUAAAAAGAAAAAUUCUAUUGUUGAUGUGCUUUAUGAAAAAUGUGGUAAAAAAGAAGAAUCAAAAAAGAAACCUAAAGAAAAAGAAGAAAAGACACCGAAAGUAAUUCAAAAAAAGACUAAUAAUACUGAACUCUUAGCAACGCCAAGUUUAGGACUUAUUAAAAAUGGAAAUAAAGGUAAUCUCAGCGCCACAAAAGAGAAGUUAAUGGAAGAUAUUUUUUAUUUAGGAGCUUUUAGAAAAGAAACUGUUACUAUGUUUAGAACAGCAUUCAUCAAAGAUACAAAUGGACUAAUAGGUGCUACAGAAGAAUUUGCGCCUGUUGUACUCAAAUCAAGAACACGAACUGAAAGUAGAGUGUUGAAGCAGCGAGCCACAAUUAAAGAAGUGUUUGGCGAUGACAGACCUGCGUCAGCCCCGCCAUCUGCUUGUAGAGAAGAAAACGUACAAGAAGAGCCACCAGUAAAAAAGGAACCUGAAACGAAACUUAAAUUUAAAACUAAACAAAAUGUUAAAGAUAAGUUAAAAAGGAGAUCAAGUUCAAUAAGAGAUGGAUUAAGGAGCACCAAGUCAUUAAAAACAAAUGAUGCUAAAGGACGGAUGAUGCGAUUAAAGAAAAGAAAUAGUGUUAUAAAAUCAUUCGUUCAUAAAAGAAGAAAAGAAAUCAAAGUUAAAAAAGAUGCAAGCCCUACCUCUGGUGAUAAGGUUGAGCAGAAAAUAGAAGGCGGCACCCCAGGUUCUACAGAGGGCAACACGAAAAGACGUUUAAAACGCCUCUUUGGAAGGAGAAAAUUUAGUUCAGGUUUUGACUACAUACGAAAGAAGAAAAAAAUAAUACGCAGGGAAGACAAUUGUCCUAAAGUUAGACGAGCGGCACCCAAACCAAGUCCAGAAUCUGUCCACGAUAUUCAGAAAGAGAUAAAAGGCUGGUUUAUUAACAAGAGCAUAGGAGAGACACACUUGCACCGCGCUGCUAGACUCGGCUUUACGGAUUGUGUGGCAUAUUGUUUGGAGAAAAUGGAAUCGGAUCCAUCGGCUAAGGACAACGCAGGUUUUACUCCAUUGCACGUGGCAUCGGCUAAGGGUCACGUCCGAAUAGCUCGACUGCUUCUCCAAUAUGGUGCUAACGUUUCGGCUGCAGCUCAAGGAGGAAUAAGACCACUUCAUGAAGCCAGUGAAAACUGCCAUGUAGAAAUAAUCAGGUUGCUGCUAUCUUACGGGGCCGAUCCUCUGUUGGGGACAUACGCUGGUCAAAUGCCAGCAGAGUUGGCUGAAGGUUCUGCUGCCCAGUUGCUCCAAUUAUAUAUAGCUGAUGUCCAGGGCCGUGCCAUCGAACCUUGGAGGUUUCCUUCACCAGAGAAGAUUAUAGAUCGCGAGGAGAACGGUUGCGACCCGCUGUCGUCCCCGCCGCCGGCGACGCCGCCGCCUCCCCCGGACGCCACCAUAGAGAUCCAGUGCACAGAAGCUCCGCUGCCGCCGUUCUACAGCUUGCGCACCGCGCCGGGACAGCCGGCAGACGGGCUGUGGUGCUUGCUGCAGGACAUCACUAACAUUCUUCAGAUAAAAUCAAAGGACAGCCUAUUGAAGCAAAUUCACUGCGGUUCGGGAUCGCCUAAAGAACUUCUCCGAGAGAUACGCACCCAGGAGUUCUUAGAGAGAGCGCAGUGCCACCAGCUCCUCGGUGCAGGAGAGAAAGUCAACGUGAGAGCGUCGAAGGUGGCUCUAGUUAGAGUCACAGACAAGUUGAGGCAAUUGCUGAAAAUAGAGACCGUCCUCGUUAGCUGACAUUAAACAAAUCCCUGCUUAUUUUAGGAGGUUCAUUAUAUUUUGUUGAUAAACUUUACACAAGCGUUUACUUGCAGAAUUGAGCUUUAGUUGUCUCAACCAAUGUCCAUCCAUUUUUACAAAUAGAUUGUUUUCUUUAAUUUUUAAAAAUAAAAAUCAUCAGCUCAGUCUGAUGAGAAAAAAAUGUGCUAUGAAUGUGUAUGAUAGCUGUGCAAAGACUGAGAAUUGAAUCUUGAAUCCGUCGCUCGCAUAUUCUUUAUUGAAGCACUGAACAAGGAAAAAGAAACUAUUUAUGAUUUAAUCAAUUUAAUUUAAAAUUGAUCAAUGAUUUCUUUACCUCAUUUAUAACAAUAAUCUUGUAUUUGUUUUAUGAGACUGUAAUAUAAUUAAGGGCAGCCAUUAUCAUAAUUAACUUGUGUAAAAAUAAUAAUAAUAAUCAAUCAAUCAAGUCAAUUGACAUAAUGUAACAGUGAGGUGUUAUUACCUCUAGAGAUCAGAAGUUUUUAAACCUUAAAAUGAAAUAAACUAUGACUGUUUUAACGGGGCGACAUGGCAAGUGCCUGAAAAAAAAAAUUUCAGAGCUUAAUAGCUUUAAUAUAUUGCGUUACAAGUUCCAACUGUCCACGUGCAACCAUUAUAAAUAUACCUGUUUGGCAAAACAUUUAGGUUUAUAUAUUUAUUAUUUUGUUAUCGUGAAAAAAUCUUAUGACGAUUAUCAAUCAAUCUUAUGAUUCUUUAAUAAAAAGCUUACAUAAGUUAUUUAACUACCUUCAAAUGUGUGUACCUCUAGAGGUAAUAACCUCUCGAUAGAAGAACCUCUGACAUUUACAUAAACUUCUCAUUGUUUUGUAUGAUCUAUUGUGUAAUUUAGAACAACCUGUAUAAAUACAAUUGUAAAUAUAUUGGCGUAUUGUAAAUAAUAAAUGUUGCUUUAAAUGUAUUUCAUGGGUGCUAUUUAAUGGUGUAUGGUGUUUAUUGAUUUAUGUGAAUACGUAGUAGGUUAGAUGUAUGUGGCAAUUAUGUUAUAGGAUAUUAACGAGAUAUAGUUACCAUAAACUAAUUAAAAAAAUUAAGAUAUAGCAUAAUCUUAAAUGUGCAAUAGUAUAUGUUCAUUUUGAUUGCACUGUAGUUGAAAAUUGAAAUGAAAGAGAUGGUCCAAAAUUGUAUGGAGCCCAGGAUCAGUUAUUGUACCCUGGCGGAAAUAAAAGAAAAUUAAAUGUUUAACUAUUAUCGAUUACACAAAUCUACGAAUUUACUUUAAUUCUUUCGAAAUAAUAUUCAUUCUCUCCCAAGAAAUGCAACUCUAUUGAUUGAUGACAUUUCGUCCGCAAUAGUCGAUUUCAUGUUGGAUGUCAAUUGUCAUAGUUGCUUUUGGGUGCCAUCUUGAUAUAACUCAAAAACUUGGGUUUCAAUUUUAUUUAUUUCUUUUUAUUUAGUUAGAUUUGUUCACUUAUUUAAAUUUUAAUAAAAUCUUUGUAUUUUUUAAAUUUUAAUGAUACGGGGUACAAGUAGUCCUGAAAUGGACCAUCUCCUUUAGAAAUGUGUGUUCUUGACUAGAUUAAUAUUUAAAAGUCAAACGUUAAAUACCUAAAUGUUUUAUGUUGUUGCGAUAUUAGACUAGGCCUAAGUAUUGGUAAUAAUUUUAUACCCAUAGUGUCUCUGUGGCUGUAAAAUCGUUGUCUAGAAAGAACCUGUCGCAUUCGAAAACUUCAUGUAACUUGGCCAUUACAGUGGUAAUAAUAUACAUCGAUGGUAUACAAAGAGAAAGCAGCAGUGGGAUUAUGCAAUAGUUAUCUACUGUUUCUGAAUGUUGCAGCUACUUAGUUGGUAGAAUACUAUGACUAUUUAGACCUGUUUCGCACCCAAAUUCACCAGCAAAAAAAUCCGUCGUUUUUUGAGGGGGACGAGGUAAACUCACACAUCGAAAAUAUUUAACACCAAUAUAUAUAUUCUGUGUCCAUACACUACAAACAACUAAUAAUUUGAUUCGCAAUACACACGCGUAAUUUUUACUCAGCCUAACCUACACAUCGCUUAGACUAUCCACAAAAUAUAUACAUAGAAUAUUCGAUUACUUGAUCGAUUUUUUGUUGUUCCGUCAAAAGAAUCGAUUCUUUUUUUUUUUUAAAUUGUUUUUAUUACAAAUUUUAUAAAAUUAAGGUAGAAAUGAAACAUAACCCCGUCUUUUACUAAACAAAAGUUUUUGGCCGUUUUUUUAUGCCAUUCAACUACACAAACCGGCAUUUUUAGGGAGCUCUUUAUACGACGAAAACGAUUACAACAAUGAAACAACGAUUCUAUAGCAACAGUUGUUUUAUAAACGCGUUAGAUCAUUGAUUUUUGAUCUUUGCUGGUGGGGUAACGGUUAGCGAGGCAGGUCCUAAUAUGAAUGGUCGAAGAUAGAAUGUGUCAAGUUGACAGGCAUUUUCGUCUGUCAUCUUCAUCGACUUAAACGAUAUUUGUCGAUAAAUUUUAACCGCAUGCUUUGGCAAAAGGGCAUGUACUCAGAGCCCGGCAAAUCAAGUCAUUAAAAAAAAUAAGCUUACAGAAAUCGGUGGCGCAAAAAAAAAAUGUAAUGUAAAUUUUUAAGAAUUACUUAAAUUAAAUUUUCGCUUCACAAAAUAUUAUUUAAUGAUGUGAUCGUAAAAUAUUAUGAGUGAGCUACUUUUGAAUUUUUUAAUGAAUUGUCCUGAGAUUAUGCUAAUAGUGCUAAGUUAAUAGAUUAUUUAGAUAUUUUACCGUAGCAGAUAUCUAACAUUAUGUUUGUUUUAUUCAUAUAACAUUGUUAUGUUUGUCUAUAGGUAUAUAUGUCUCCCUGAUAUAUUUUUAUUGUACAAUAAUUUCACUUAUUUUUAUUAAAGUUAUGUUUUUAUUUAUAGAGUCCAAUAAGAAAUUAGGAAAUUUUAUUAAACCAUAAUUUUUAUGCAUAUCGCGAAAAUUAUAUUAAUUUUGUAAAUAAAUAUAUUAUAAGUCAAAUAGUAAGCAAAUUAUUUUUUAAUUUAUUUCAAUUAUACUAAAUGAAUAAUACAUUGAAAGUGUAUGUACUGUACUAUUCAUUCAGUAGGUAGUGUUGUAAUUAGUAGUAUUUUGGAAGAGUUGUGUGAAUAGUAGCAAUUUUGUAUUCCAUAAUGAAAUCAUGUUCCGCCCUAUCUUGUUUCUUUAUGGAGAUAAACGAAGAAGUACAUGAUUGAUCUGUGAUGAAAUAAUAUUAGAAGAGAACUUGCGCGCGGAAAACGGUAUGAUUUUUAUUAAAUCGCAAGAGAUUGUAACUAACGACUUUAUAUUAUAGUAUACAAAGUUGUAUAACUACGGAAAAUGAACUGUAUAAUAUUAACUGUCUGUUCUAAGCGGUACCUACAGUAUAAGUAUUAUUAUCAAUAUUGACACAAUAAUUCUUGUUGAUGAUGUGGAAAAUAAAGAAAGUGAUCAAUUGAAA